CCCUGCAGGUCUGUCCUCGAGCUCUGGACCAUGGCAUGGACGUUCUCCCUCUUACUGUUCUUGGCGGCAGUGCUGCAAGGCUGUUUGGCUUUCAACAUGGAGUCUGUGGCUUGGAAGUACCUUAGCAGGCCGGCCGCUGGGUUUGGAUACCAGGUGGUGAUUAGAGACAGCAGCAGCCUGCUCACCAGCGCCCCAUUAGAGCAGGAUGGAGACAGGAGAGGAAAGGUUUACAGGUGUUCGAUCAACUCCUGUUCUGAGAUAUCUAUACCAGUGCCCAGUCACGCAGUCAACAUGUCUCUGGGUUUGACAAUGACAAAGAAUCCAACAUCCCAAACCACCAUGGUAUGUGGCCCAACCAUCCCUCGAGAGUGUGAUGCCAUCACCACCUACAACGGCUUGUGUUUGGAGAUAAAUGGAAGAGACUCCCCUGGUCCUCCUCUCCCUGCCUCCCUAGAGGAAUGCCCUGGGAAGACCGACAUCGCUUUCCUUUUGGACGGUUCAGGCAGCGUCAACACCAUAGACUUUGCUAAAAUGAAGGUUUUUGUCAAAGAUCUGAUCCGUACACUAGUUGGGAAGGAUACCAAGUUUGCUGUGGCCCAGUACUCAUUAACUUGCACCAUUCAUUUUAAUUUUCGAAAUUUUCUACCUCAAAUUUGGGAAAGACAGAUUGAUAUGAUAAAUCAAAAGGGUGGAGGUACCAAUACUGCUUCUGCAAUCCAGAAAGUUGUUGAUGAGGUAUUUUCAGUUAGUGGGGGGUCGAGGGAUGGAGCGUCGAAGAUCCUGAUCGUGAUCACAGAUGGAGAGUCUCAGGAUGGAGGCAACCUCCCGUCAGCUACUUAUGCAGCUAACAUCAAAUCUAUUGUUCGAUUUGCUAUUGGGGUGGGCUCUGCCUUUAACAAACAAAGCGCCAAAGACGAGUUGGACACAAUCGCCUCACUUCCUUCUCAGACACAUGUGUUCCAAGUGAGCAGCUUUGAAGCGCUUAACCAAAUCAGCAGCACUUUGCAGAACAGCAUCUUCAAUAUCGAGGGCUCGCAGGCUGCAGGAGCGUCGCUGGAGAUGGAGAUGGCACAAGAAGGAUUCAGUGCUGCGUACACUCCUGAGAAAGGAGGAUACCAGUCCUACGUGAACAGAGACCAGCAGCCCACCUUCCAGAACAUGACGGGAGAGUCUGAUAGCUACCUGGGUUACUCCAUGAGCACUGCGAGGACGAGGUUUGGCACGUUCACGGUGGUGGGUGCUCCCAGAGCGGCUCACAGGGGCCAGGUGAUGGUCGUGUCCCCGGGGAGAACCGACCAGACUCUACAGUUUACAAGACAGAUUGGGGCGUACUUUGGGGCGGUGGUUUGUGCGAUGGACGUGGAUGGUGAUUCCUACUCUGACCUGGUGCUGGUGUCGUCUCCCAUGUACACACAGAGAGACAGAGAGGGAAUGAUAUUCAUCUGUACCCUUACUGAGAAGAAAGGAGUGUCCUUUCCUGGAGGACGUGAGAACAUGUUGCAGGGGGAGGCAGGAGAGAGGAGCAGGUUUGGCAUGUCGCUCGCCCCUCUGCCGGACCUCAAUAACGACGGGUUCAACGACCUGGCGGUGGGAGCUCCUCUGGAGGAUGACGGCCAGGGGAGCGUCUACAUCUUCCACGGGCAGAGAGGCGGCAUCAACAACCUCUACUCCCAGAGAAUCGCAGGGUCUGAGGUGCAUUCUGGGAUGAAGUUCUUUGGCCUGUCCAUCAGCCAGUCGUCUCUGGACCUCAGUGGAGACACUCUCCCGGACAUGGCCGUGGGCUCCAAGGGGGCCGUCAUCUUACUCAGGUCCAAACCCAUAGUGACCGUGAAUGUUGAAGUGUCUUUUAACCCGACCAGAAUCUCCACCAACCACUCAGACUGUGUGACCCCUCUUCCUCACACCGCGACAGUCUGCUUCACCAUGACCCCGCACACUCAAGGACAAACAGCUCGAGCGCAGGUUAAUUACACGUUGACACUGGACGCAAGACGCAAAGCGCCCAACUUCCGUGCUUACUUUCAGCUCAAACAACGACAGUACACAAACAUGGUCAUCCUGGACCUGAAGGAGACUUGCAACAAACACAACUUCUUCGUUGAGGCUUGCCCGGAGGACUCUCUCAACUUAGUCCACAAUGAAGUUUCGUUCAGUUUCGAAGGCUUGCCUUCCUCAGACUCUCUCUCUCCCAGCCUGCUCCAGGGCUCCACCACCACCUCCAAUCACCCGCUGGACUUUGAGAUCAACUGUGGAUCUGAUAACAACUGUAUCGACAACCUCAAAGUGGAUUUUAAUUUUACUGGUUCCUCUGAGCUGAGGGUAGGAAUCGACGACGUGCUGAGUCUGACCGUGUCGAUGGAGAGCAGGGAGGAGAACUCCUAUAACAGCCGGGUGGUCCUUCGCUACCCUGCCGGCCUCUCCUACAGACACUUCACCCCCGUCCAGGGGAGAGUGGAAUGCAACUCGUUAGAUAGUGAAUCUGAAGGAACGACAGGAAGAAGCGAAUGCACCAUCAACAAGCCCAUCUUCAAGAGCAACAGCAAGGCUGUCUUCACCAUCUCCUAUGGAAUAGAUAGAAACAGUCAGUUUGACCCCAGGGUGAACUUCAGUGCCAAUGCCACAAGUGGAAACGUUCAUGCCGCAGGGAGUGACCUGUUCAUACACAGAGACAUCAGGGUGCAGUACAGCAUUUAUGUGUUGCUUUCCAGAGUUGAGGAUUCUACCAGCUACAUAAACUUCACUGCUGAGAAAAACGAUUUGCAGAAACCUGUGUUGCAGUCAUUCCAGGUUUUAAACUUUGCCAGAGAUUUCAACCUCACCGUGAUAAUCAAGGUGCCCAUGCAGCUUGGUGAGACAGACAUCUGGGUUGACUCCAGAGGGAUGCAGAUUCCAGGAUGCAAAAGAGGAAAAGAUGAGGAACCAACUGUCAGAGACUUUGUGGACAAGUUGAAGAGAAAAUCCCCUCUGGACUGUGCGGUGGCCAGGUGUGGCGUGUUCACCUGCAGCGUGUUCGUGAGAAGAGACGACUCCCUUGUCUACAGCAUCUCUGGAAACAUCAGUUCAGGAUGGAUACAACAGAUUGGCCUGACGUCCGGCCAGUUCUCUCUGACCAGCACGGCCACCCUGGACUACGACAGAGACCAGUACAUCUACGACUCCCAGGACUCCAAGAACAACCCUCCCAUCCAGAAGGUAGAAACGUACGUGGAGGUGUUUCCUGAGGUGGACCUGACUAAGGAGAUCGUGGGCGGCUCCCUGGGUGGGCUGGUGCUGCUGGCGUUGAUCUCGGCUGCUCUUUAUAAGGCUGGGUUUUUUAAGAGUCAGUACAAGCAGAUGUUGGAGAACUCGGGUGAUCCUGAGGGAGCGGACCCUGAAUAUGAGAACACCGUGCUGGAGGAGAACAACUAGUGGAGCUAGCUGCUGCUGCCAUGUCAUCCAUGAGUGUGUUUGAAGGAGACAAAUGUCUUAGUUUUUCUCGAUUGCUAAGACACAUUUCUUGAAACAGUCACCCAUUUUCUCAAAACUGUAAACAGAAAAAGAAAUCUUAAAACUCAAUUUCCAAAACCUCUGACUCUUCUGGCAAAAUCAAACACUUGCCCCUAAACCAUUUGACUUGUGCUCAAAAUCAAACAAUGCUUUCAGAUCAUAAACACAGCAAAUCAAUAUAUAAACACUAUGGAGCAAUCAUUAGACACAACACAAAAAAAUGGAAAGCACAGCAUCCAGGGCAUGUACUUACAUGUAAAGACAAAUUUGUUUAUGUAUACACGGUAAAUUCAUUUACGUAGCAAUAAAGACAAUGGAUUUUGGAUUUUGAAACACUGGAUUUUGGUGUUUCAACACCUAUUGACACUUCCCUGCUGUAUGAUUAUGUUUAGCUGUGUUCUGCUCCUCUCUUUCACCAACCUUCUCUGGAGGAGGGGAUCCCUCACUCCGUCUCUGGAGGAGGGGAUCCCUCACUCCGUCUCUGGAGGAGGGGAUCCCUCACUCCGUCUCUGGAGGAGGGGAUCCCUCACUCCGUCUCUGGAGGAGGGGAUCCCUCACUGAAUUGCUCCCCCCAAGGUUUCUUACAUUUUUUUUUGUUCUAGUGAGUUUUUCUGGGAGUUUUUCCUUGUCUUCCUUGAGGGUUUAGGUUGGCUAAGGGGCAGUUCUAUGGGCGUAUGUGAAGCCCUCUGUGACAUUGCUUGUAAAAAGGGCUAUACAAAUACUGUAAAUUUGAUUUGAUUUGAAAAUAUUACAGUAACCAUCACAAUUUAGUACUGUCAACAAAGAAUGAAUAAAAAACGGGCUAAAACCCCUCUGGUGUGCUGGAUCCAGCCUGGAAAACACUCCGCACCUAUGUCACCACAGGCCAAUUCCAUUGCCUGUAGGAGAUUUACCCUCACCCCUCACACCCCUCACCCCCCUACAAACCAACAAUGUUGUUACUAUUCCUGUUGCUACAGGAAUAGUGUAACCUUCAUGUAAAGUGUUGCUUUGUAGAUGCAUGGUAGUUAAUGUAACAUUCAUGUAAAGCACCUGAAUAAAGCCUGCAUGCCUUUCCUGUA